AUGGCGACUCCCUACGGACCAGCAGAGAAUAGCGCUAUCCUCAAUACCGGCCCAUCCCGUACCCUUCUGCAGCAGCUUCUCGAGGAGAUCAGCGGAGCGUCGCCUACUCCAACAGUGCGCAACGGAAGCACGUCGCAAGCCCCAGGAAGCACCCAGUCCUGGACUGCUUCCCAGAAUCAUUCGCCUUCUGCCUGGGCCAGUGGUUCCUGCAUCGCUCAAGAUGCCCGUGACAAGCUUCGUGCGGCCGAUGAAGCACAUCAGCGAAGGUCAGUUCAUGAGACCGCCGACAACGCUCCUAAUCUGCAGACGACCAUGCUACACUUGGAUGCGUUAGCGCUGCAGACCCAAAAUGCAACAUCUGAUGAGUACGGGAACAGGCCAGUCUUCACUGCGAGCCUGACUCCAGACCCAGUCAGACACCCCCACGAUUACACGCAGUGCAUGACGAAGGGCAAUUCAUCGUCUACCAUCCUUGGGCUAUCGCCAGCCUCGCAAGGGCACCCCAACACGCCUUUCCAGCCACAUGAGCCUCUGUUUAGCAGCCCAUCCCGGCCUCUGUCACCGCUCAUAUUCAGUGACGUUGACUUCGAAUCAUCGUCACUGUCGCCUCAGACCGAGACUACUAUAUCUCCAACCGAAGCGCCCAUUUCAGGUGCGACUGUUCACACUGCUGAAGAAUCAUGGGCGCUCAUCGACAGACAAAACAUGAAUUCAAGCAAACGGAUCCACUUUUCUGACGAUAGCACUCCCGAGGCGUCACCCAAGAAGAAGCGGACCAUGACUCUACCUGAGAUUCGUAGCGAAGCAUUCUCCAAGAUGGCAAUCAAUGCUCCGCACUUCUUCGUCGAUCUGGGCAGAGACGAUCGGUGCGUUCUUCGAGACGAGACUUUUACCGAGCGUCUCCCUACGCCAAGAAUGUCCUUCGGCAUUGCCACGACUGAUGCGUUGCCUGAGCUUUCUUCCUUCAGACCUACUGCUGCAAAUCCGCAAGGGCAACCCGUGCGGACUCCUCCCUCACAAAAGAUGACACAUACGUCCACCAGCCUGACCAGGUCGCCAAGUCCUACAGCACCUGAAACGCCCGCCUGGAUGCGACCAAUGCAUUUAGUUGAUACAGGUGGCAAAUCUAUAUACCUGAACGUACAUGACGAUGGGCCAAUUCGUCAUGCAUUGUGUCUUUAUUGCUUCAGGACUCAUGGCAGCUUCCGCAAAGUGCACAAGUACGGCUACGAGACGUGCGGACGCACCGAAGUGCUUGACAGUCACUAUUGGGAGUCUGAUACAUGGCCGGUGGAAUCAUCUGAUGACUCGACUUCUUCAGAUUGUUGA